AUGCUAAAAUUUUCUGAGAGUGAUCUUCUAAAGAGUGAUUUGUCGGAGGGAGUCCGAGGUGCCGUCAUCGGUAUCGACUUGGGAACGACAAACUCUUGUGUCGCCGUUAUGGAGGGAAAGACGCCCAAGGUGGUCGAGAACAGCGAGGGCUCCCGCACUACCCCAUCGCACGUGGCCUUCUCAAAGGACGGCGAGCGGCUGGUGGGCAUGCCGGCGAAACGGCAGGCGGUCACAAACAGCGGGAACACAUUCUACGCCACCAAGCGCCUGAUCGGGCGGCGGUUCGACGACCCCGAGGUGCAGAAGGACAUGAAGAACCUCUCGUACAAAGUGGUGCGAGCGUCGAACGGCGACGCGUGGGUGCAAGGCAGCGACGGCAAGGUGUACUCGCCGAGCCAGAUCGGCGCCUUCGUGCUGGUCAAGAUGAAGGAGACAGCGGAGGCUUACCUGAACACGUCCGUGAAGAACGCCGUGGUCACCGUGCCGGCCUACUUCAACGACUCGCAGCGGCAGGCAACGAAGGACGCCGGCCAAAUCGCCGGUCUUAAUGUGCUUCGUGUAAUCAACGAGCCGACGGCGGCUGCACUCGCCUACGGAAUGGACAAGUCUGACGACAAAAUAAUCGCCGUGUACGAUCUGGGAGGCGGCACGUUCGACAUCUCUGUAUUGGAGAUACAGAAGGGCGUGUUCGAGGUGAAAUCUACGAACGGUGACACACUUCUCGGCGGCGAGGACUUCGACAACGUGAUCGUCAACUUCCUGGUGGACGAGUUCAAGCGUGACCAAGGCAUUGACAUCCGCAAGGACGCUAUGGCGAUGCAACGAUUGAAGGAGGCCGCAGAAAAAGCAAAGAUCGAACUCUCUGGAUCCCUUCAGACUGACAUCAACCUUCCCUACUUGACCAUGGAUGCAUCUGGACCUAAGCACAUGAACCUCAAGAUGACGAGAUCGAAGCUGGAAUCGCUCGUCGGCGAUCUGAUAAAGCGCACCGUGGCACCGUGCCAGCGCGCCCUCCAGGACGCCGAGGUGCAGAGGUCCGACAUCGGUGAGGUGUUGCUUGUGGGCGGUAUGACCAGGAUGCCAAAGGUUCAGCAGACCGUGCAAGAUAUAUUCGGGCGGGCGCCGUCACGCGCCGUGAACCCCGACGAGGCGGUGGCUGUGGGUGCGGCCGUGCAGGGCGGCGUGCUAGCCGGCGACGUGACAGACAUCCUUUUACUCGACGUGACACCCCUGUCGCUCGGAAUCGAGACGCUGGGCGGCGUGUUCACAAAGCUCAUCACCAGGAACACCACCAUACCGACGAAGAAGAGCCAAGUGUUCUCGACAGCCGCCGACGGACAGACCCAAGUGGAGAUCAAAGUGCACCAGGGCGAGAGAGAGAUGGCCGCAGACAACAAACUCCUCGGGCAGUUCUCCUUGGUCGGUAUCCCGCCGGCGCCACGCGGCGUGCCCCAGAUCGAGGUGACCUUCGACAUCGACGCGAACGGAAUCGUGCACGUGUCCGCCAGAGAUAAAGGCACUGGCAAGGAGCAACAGAUCGUGAUCCAGUCUUCGGGUGGCCUGUCCAAGGACGAGAUCGAGAACAUGGUUAAGGCGGCCGAGCAGUUUGCGUCUGCGGACAAGCAACGCCGUGAGCGCGUUGAAGUGUCGAACCAAGCCGAGGGUGUGUUACAUGACACGGAGACCAAAAUGGACGAGUACAAAGCACAACUGCCGCAGGAGGAGUGCGAUAAGCUGCGUGAAGAGAUCGCCAAACUGCGCGACCUACUCGCUAAGAAGGACUCUGUAGAGCCCGAGGAGAUCCGCACGGCCACAGGACAGCUGCAGCAAGCGAGCUUGAAACUCUUCGAGCAGGCAUACAAGAAGAUGGCAGCGGAACGCGAGGGUCAGCAACAACAGCAGCAGACUGAGCAGCCACAAGACGAGAAGAAAGAAGAGAAGAAGAAC